AUGGUCUACAAACAUGGGUUCAAGAGAGCCGAUGCGCUCUGGAAGAUCAAAUUCCCCCAUGAGCCACCUCCGCCGGACAUCCCGCCAGAACCUCCGCCACCCCCACAACCCCCACCCCCGGACACAACGUUACCCCGUCCCACUUCGCCUAAAGCAAAACUCCAUCCGUUUGCCUGCAGUAUGUGUAAACGAACAUUUCUGCUUCAAAAUGGAUUAACGCGCCGCCUUAGAUACAUGCACAAUGCCACACGCCCUGUCCCAGAGAGAAAACGCCCGCGAGCCGACGAACCGAUUACAGAAGAAUCGGCAUUCCCCUGUGACAAAUGUGAUAUGGUAGCGCGCUCUAAAACAGGUCUCAAAGCCCAUAUUAGAGCGAAACAUCCUGAGAACCCCCAAAAAGACGCACCUCGCCCUCAGCUCAUCCCACAACCUGCUUCACUACGCCACCUUGGCAACAUUUGA